AGAGAGAGAGAGAGACUCGAAACCUCUGUUCUUCCAAUUCUCUCUCUCUGUGUUGUCUACAGAUUUGAGUUGAUCCCUUUUCCCUUACGAUGCCUUCCCGCAGAAGAACCCUCUUGAAGGUCAUAAUCCUUGGGGAUAGCGGGGUUGGGAAGACCUCUUUGAUGAACCAAUACGUGAAUAAGAAGUUUAGUAAUCAAUACAAGGCCACCAUUGGAGCUGAUUUCUUGACUAAAGAGGUGCAAUUCGAAGAUAGACUUUUCACUUUGCAGAUAUGGGAUACAGCAGGCCAGGAACGGUUCCAAAGUCUCGGUGUUGCUUUUUACCGAGGUGCCGAUUGCUGCGUUCUGGUGUAUGAUGUCAAUUCAAUGAAAUCAUUUGACAACCUUAACAACUGGCGAGAAGAAUUCCUUAUACAGGCGAGCCCUUCAGACCCGGAGAAUUUUCCCUUUGUUGUUUUAGGAAAUAAAGUCGACGUUGAUGGUGGAAACAGUAGAGUUGUUUCAGAGAAAAAGGCACGAGCUUGGUGCGCGUCGAAAGGAAAUAUUCCAUACUUUGAAACGUCUGCCAAAGAAGGCAUUAACGUAGAAGAAGCUUUCGAAUGCAUUGCGAAAAAUGCCCUCAAGAGUGGGGAAGAGGAAGAGAUAUACUUACCUGACACAAUCGAUGUUGCAACCAACAAUCAGUCAAGAUCAUCUGGAUGCGACUGCUGAGUUCGAUACACCGAGUCUCUUCUUAUUCCAUUUCAUUCUCCAGUAAAGCAGAAGUCUUCUAUAAAGGUCUUACGGACUCAGGCUUUCUACGCGUUCCUAUUUGUACAUUUGGGUUUUGCAUUUGAACGAGUCCCGUCAUUAUCCGUUCAGUUGUGUUUGGUCUAUGCAAAUUGUGUUUACUGUCGUAGGUAUAAUUCAUUAUCCGUCUGGUGAUUGAACCUGUUGUGCCUGAGCCUCAUUUGUUGAUGACAAUCUGUUGUUGCAUAAGUUCAUAUAAUUUUGUUCCUUCUCAGUCAGAGUUUUUGGGAUUUUUUCUUUAAGAGAAUUUGUGAUUCUUGUUUCUAUGAUAGGAUGAUUCUGGUUCUUCUGUUCA